AUGGCUGCACGCUUCAAAGCCAAGCCGUGGCUUCAGGGUCUAAGUGUAACACCUUUCUUGAAGUUCACUGAUUACAUUCUUGGGGAGCGGGUCUCGCAACUGAAAAUCCCCACUGCUCAGGGUGGUGAUCAGAACUCGGGCUUUCGCCCACCCUGGACAACGGUAUUGGCUUACGAGUUCAGGCUUCGCAAAGAGGCUUUCAGAUUGGUGAACGAGGAAGGUUCCACAUUGGCCGAUGCCUUGGCAAAGGUGUGCAAAGACACGGAGCUGAAGGAGGUCUACUUCACUACGCCCUUGGCCCUUGCCAGUGCUGAAGGCGGGAUCCGUAAGUACUUCAAGGGAGGCGGCAAGGACCCCAGGAAAGGCUUGAAGGGUCUCACACCUGGCAAGGGCGACGGCAAGGGUGACGGGAAGGAUCGCAAGGGUCGUGACACAGGUGGGUCAGGCUUUGGGGGUAAGACUCCGGGCAUGUUUGCGGGAUUCACGCUGCUUACCCACACCCCGGACGGCCGUCAGAUCUGUUAUGCUUUCAACAGUGCCAGGGGAUGUAAGGGAAAUUGUGGGCGUGUGCAUGUUUGUCGUGUCAAGGGCUGUGGCAAACAGCACGGUGUGCAUCAGCAUCCUGGGGAAGAUCGCGUUGGCCUGCUAGAGGCCCUGUCAUCAUACAGCUCUGGAUUGCGGCUUCUUGAGUUUGACUUGAGCUGUGAUCGGGAUCAUGAUUCUUUGCAUGCUGGGCCCUGGGCCCAAAUACAGGAACUUUUGCGCGAAGGCCGGUGGCUGCUCUAUUGCACCUUGCCGGCGAGUACUUUCAGUCGCUCUCGGCAUCAUCGGCCGGGGCCACCACCAUUGCGCAGCCAUGAGCAUCCUUAUGGUUUCCCUUGGUUGCGACAAUCUUUUGCACAGCAAGUCCAUCUUGAUAACGAUUUCAUUUUUCAAGCCGUUGCUUCAGCGCAUGUUUGCUUUGAUUUUGGCAGUUUCUUUGUCUUUGAUCAUCCAGAGCGCCUCGGUGUGGCACAUGACCAGGUGUUGCCUGCUUCCCCAUGGGAGUGGGCUGAGGUGCUUGAUCUGAUUCCGCGCGGAGCUGUCACUUUUGCGUUGUAUCAGUGCCACUAUGGUGCUCUCACAUCAAAGCCUACGCGUUUCUUGAGCAAUUUGCCCAACUGGCGCGCUGCCGUGCCACAUUUCCCAGGACUUCCGUCGUUGGAUGAUGAUGGGCGCUAUCGCGGCCCUCUGCCGCCCCGUUGCGGCCAUAAGCAUGCUGAUCUUUUGCGUUCGCAGCCCAGCGGCUGGCAGUCGGGCAACCUUGCUCGCUUUACGCCGGAACUUUGUGCUUUUGUGGCCAGAGCCGCCCUGGCAGUCGCUCCUCAGGAGAAGGGGGCGCAGCACAGUCCUCCUGCCACGGCGGAUAAGCCCCCGGCUGCUAAGAACCUUAGCUCUCCCCCUUCCGAGUCUGCUUUCCCCUGUAAUGCGGCCGGGGUUAGUUCGGGUAUGGUUACAGGUGAGGCGGCAUCAACAGCUGAUCCCGAAAGCUUUGCAUCAUCUCUCUUGAAGUCGGGCGUCGAGUUGACCAGGAACCAUCUGCUUGAGUUGUACAAGCUCCUUCCGCGGGAGAAGCCACCGAGGCUACUCUGUGCAUAUUGGAAACAGGUGCUUCCCUCGCACACCUUCACAACAAUCACUUUGCUUGAGGAUGUGCAAACUCCCCUGCGCCGCGAUGGGAGAAACGGCUCGACACACAACGCCAUUUUGGCAGUGUCGGACUUUGAGCAAGGGGGGCUCUGGCUCGAAGAUGAGCAUGGGGACGAAACCCGUCUCCUGGAUGGCCAGGGACUACGAGGCAAGGUGCAUCAGAUCACGAAGGAUCCUUUUGUCUUCGAGGCCAGGGAUAGGUAUCACUGCACUGAGCCCUGGAAGGGUCAUCGACUUGUCAUGGUUGCCUUCGCGGUCCCAGGAUACGAGAAACUUGAAUCGUCCGACCUAGCACUGGUCAGGGACUUGGGGUUCGCCUUGGGCAGUGAGUCGCAACUUGAGGGCAAAGCCGUGGCCUUCAGACCGGAGCUCUGCUGCAACCGUGGCAAUCCCAUCAACGUGAUGUGGGCUGGCGAUGAGUCGCCUUUCACGGAUGGCUUCGGCCUUUGCUCACCAUCCAGGCGGUUGGCAGCUGCUAUGCAUAAGCUUGUGAAAUCUUUCGUCCUUAGGGUGUUGCCCAACGUGGAACGCACAGCGAUGGAGCUUGUCCUUGGACGGUUCACCUCAUCUCCCUUUGCUGAGCGAGACAUGACUCAGUUGCGGCAACAGUGGGUUGGAUUGCUUGGGGAUUCCGGGGGCCACGACCUGUUGGUGGUCCCGGAGAGGCAGCCUUUCUAUCUCCCAGCUUUGGCCCGCACGGCAGAGUUGCUUGGUGAUCCAGACUGGGAGGUCAUCACGCAAGGCGAGGACAACUUUUGCACUGGAGUCCCAUUGGGCUGCGAGGAGGUUCUGCCACAGGUCCCACAGGUCUUUGACUUCAAACAUAAGUCGAGGACUUUGGAUGAAUCUGAGUUUGAUUGGGAUCGUACCAACUACAAAAGUGCUCAUGAGUUUGAGGGACCACUUCUUGAAAAGUUCCGAGAGGAGGAGCAGCUUGGGAGGAUGUUCCCGACAACGAUGGGUGCACUCAAAGAGCAGUUUGGUGCUGAGCGGAUUCGGAUAGCAAGCUUGGGCGCUAUUGGCAAACCCGACGGGACGGCGAGGCCCAUCCAUGAUGGGACACAUGGCGUGCAGGUGAACAAUGCCAUAAGGAUUGAGAGUCAGCAGGCCGUGCCGGGGCCCGCAGAGCUUUCAUUCGUCGUUGAUGAGCCCAUCCGCCGAGGCGAGGUUCCCUUUUGCAUUUCAGCCGAUGUUUCAGCUGCGCACCGUUUGUCCAAAGUCAGGAGACGAGAUUGGCCCUACUUGGCAUGCCGUGUGGAUGACACGUCACCCACGGUGUGGGUAAACACG